AUGGGCGACGUCAAGCGAAGAAAAGUCUCACACGGUGCGCAGAAGAAGCGCCCUGUACUGCAGAGCAGCCCUCCACCCGCUCCUUCGUCUGAGCCAUCAGCAUCCAGCGAUGAAGAGGAAUCCGCAACUCUCGACGGAGCAGCUGUAGAAGAAUCCAGCACAAGGCCCAAAACCUUCAAAGACCUGGGAAUCGUCGAUUCAUUAUGCGAAGCCUGCGAAUCCCUCAACUAUAAAUACCCAACACCGAUCCAAGAAAAGUCCAUCCCAGUCGCCUUGACGAAUCGCGACAUUAUCGGUCUUGCUGAAACUGGUAGCGGAAAGACCGCCGCCUUUGCCCUGCCAAUUCUUCAAGCUCUGCUCGAGAAGCCACAGCCGCUGUUUGGCCUCGUCCUCGCCCCGACUCGAGAACUUGCCCACCAGAUCGGCCAGGCCUUCGAAGCUCUCGGUGCCUUGAUAUCACUACGAUGUGCCGUCAUUGUUGGUGGCUUGGACAUGGUUCCUCAAGCAGUUGCGCUUGGAAAGAAGCCGCACAUUAUUGUAGCUACUCCAGGACGACUGGUAGACCACCUGGAAAAGACAAAGGGGUUUUCGCUGCGCACGCUCAAAUACCUGGUCAUGGACGAGGCCGAUCGUCUGCUAGAUAUGGAUUUCGGCCCUGCCAUCGACAAGCUGCUCAAGUUCAUCCCCCGCGAAAGAAGAACAUACCUCUUCUCUGCGACACUCAGCUCCAAAGUCGAAAGUCUGCAGCGAGCCAGUUUACGAGACCCCGUUCGCGUCAGCAUCAGCAGCAACAAGUACCAGACUGUUUCGACUCUCCUGCAACAUCUCCUCUUUAUCCCGCAGACCCGCAAAGACACCUACCUGAUAUACCUGGUCAACGAAUUCGCCGGCAAGUCCACCAUCAUCUUCACCCGCACCGUCUGGGAAACACAACGAGUGGCCAUCCUCCUCCGCACCCUUGGCUUCGGCGCCAUCCCUCUCCACGGCCAACUCUCACAAUCUGCCCGUCUCGGCGCCCUCAACAAAUUCCGCUCCGGAUCCCGCGACAUUCUCGUCGCCACUGACGUCGCAGCCCGUGGUCUGGAUAUCCCCAAGGUCGACGUCGUUCUCAACUACGACCUGCCGCAAGACUCGAAAACGUACAUCCACAGAGUCGGUCGUACGGCACGAGCCGGCAAGUCCGGUAUUGCCUUGAGUUUCACGACGCAAUAUGACCUCGAAAUAUUCCAGCGCAUUGAGGCGGCACUAGGCAAGAAACUGGACCCCUACCCCAGUGAGAAGGAGGAAGUCAUGGCGUUUCAAGCUCGUGUUGAAGAGGCACAGAGGCAUGCGAGAAUAGAAAUGAAGGCCUUGUCGGAGAGGAGGGAUAGACAUGGUAAGAAAGGAAAGGGGGAUAAGAAGAGGCGACGUGACGACAUGGACAAGGAGGAAGGUUAG